AGUUGUUUAUCUCCUGUUGAAAAGGAGUGUGUGACGGUGGAGAGAAGUGGAAUGGGAAACGGCGUUUGGGGGAAUGGCAAAAACGUUGUCAUCGCACCACCGUCGACCUGUUCGAGGCGGCGAUCGGGACGUUGACGACCGCGUUUUCGGCUUCCCUGUGUCGGAAUGUCCGGAAGGAAGUCGUCACGUCCGGCGUCGGAACACUGACGCGAAUCCACCGCAAGGCCAGUGCAAUUUCCCCCCCGACAUGAAUUUGCGGAGUGUCAAAAGUGCCCGUUUGGACCCCACUGAAUUUCAGAAGCAAGAAUGGCUCGCGAGUCUCGGCGGGAACCGUGAGGAGGAGGAAGAGGAGAGGCCGAAGAAAUGCGAGGCAUACUUGAUGACCGGUGAUAAAAUUCUCAAGUAUACUGCGGAAUCUUCGCUGUUUCCGCGACUGAAGCCACCGCCUCGAUUGACGGGUUCUAGCAAAAGCAAAGGCGAAGAGGAAGAGAAGUUGAUAGAUGGUGAAGAGCGAAGAAAGGACGUCGGAGAAGACCCUGAUACCGCCGGUGGAAAUUCAUCAUCACCACAGUCUCCCGUCUCGUCAUCAUCAUCGUCGUCAUCUUCAUCCUCGUCAUCUUCCUCAGCCGUCGCCGGAAACGCGGACCACGGGAUAUUAUCCGAGAGCUCCGCGGGUGGCGGCAAAACGUCGCCGCUUUCCACCCCUGCGCGGACUUGCGGCACGAUCCUCGCCGAGGAGCACAAGAUCGUUUUAUCCGUCGCCGGACCGGCGUCCAUGACGACCACUCCGACGCCAGGCAGUCACGAACCCGCCUGUCCGUCGUCUUCCGUGUCGUCGAAUGUUUCUUCCACGUCUGCCUCAUCGUCGUCGUCUGGUUCUCCGUGUAAGGACAUGGACAGUCGUCGCGGAAGACAAAAGGGCGGAGGAGGAGAAGGUGCUGGGCAACUGCAGAAUUACGGGGAACUCGUGAACGAAGACGAAGAUGAGGUGCACGAUGAAGAAGGAGAAGAAGAUUUGGAUUGUGUGGAUGAAAAAUCGAAAGCCGCCGCCGCCGCCUUGCCGCGGUUUCCGUUGGUGGCAGAAGAUGUGGGUCCAAAGACUCCUGCGGCGGCGACGAAUCUCUCGGAAGGUGAUAAAGGGGCGGCUGCUCGUCUGGCGAAGCGACACUUUGCCCUGGAGGGGUUUCAUCCUCGGGAUGUGCUUCAACAUUUGACCAAAGACUUAUCGGCGUCGACGUCGGCGGACGCCUUUUCCUGCUCUGUGGGCGCCGAGUUUAUGCAGCUCUUCGACUUCACCGGGCUGAGCCUGGAGACGGCUUUGAGGGCGUUUCUGGGACGAGUGCCAUUGGAAGGAGAGACCCAGGAACGGGAGCGGAUCCUGGCCCGGUUUGCAGACCGGUUUUUCGUUUGUAGUCGCUCGGAAACCCGCAGGACGGACGCAGGAACGAGAUCCGAUUACGAGUGGCACAGUCGAGAUGCUGUGCAUACGAUUGUGUGCGCUAUGAUGGUUCUGAACACGGACCUGCACAGUGGAACGAUUGCGAAGAAGCGGAAGAUGACCAGCGACAUCUUUGUGCAGAGUUUGCAAGGGCUGGACGACAAUGGAGAGGACUUCCCUGAACAGUUGAUUCGUGGCAUCUACGCGUCCAUCAAGGACGAGCCAUUUGUGUGCCAUGCUUCUCCCGCGCCAGAUGCUGGAGCCGGUAGGGGCAAUCGUGAAGAAUGUGGAGAUUCGUCACAUCAUCCGUUCCUCCAGAUUCCUGCUGCGGACAAGAGCACGGAGUACAAGCGUGGCUACUUUUAUCGAAAGUGUGUUCGUGACCCUGGUGGGGGUUCGACGGGACUCGGAAGACGACGAUGGCGGCUGUGGUACGGAGUGAUCAGGGACCUGGUGCUUCUUUUGUUUCGGGACGCCAGUGUGGUUGUGUCGUCGCAAAGUAAUCGCGGCAACGAAGCUGAGCGAAACAACAACGACAGCAACGGCAGCAAGACCAGCAACGAAGGCAGGAGGAGAGGCGGUAAGAAGUCGGCAGCUCCGGACGCCGUGGUGCCCUUGCAUCACGGCCUGGCUUCUGUCGCCACCGACUACGUGAAGCGGCGCCACGUGUUCCGCCUGGUCACGCCGGACCAGGCGGAAUACCUCUUUCUGCCGGGUGAUGAAAGAGAAAUGAUGUCCUGGGUGGAGACCAUCAACUGGGUCUGCGCCAAGCUGUCGGCACCCGCGUUGAGCGGGUCAGUGGGCAGUUGUAGUAGCAGCAGCGUCGCUGCCAAGCAGCGCCAAUUCAUGCGUCCCCUUCUGCCGUCUGCCGUGACGAGGUAUCCGUUGCCCGAUCAGCGCCGCUACGUGGCCAGCCGCCUCCGGGAGCUGGAAGACGAGUUGGCGGCUGUCGGAGCGACGCAGAUGCAGAACAACAAGCGGCAGCGGGGCGUCGUUGCGGAGAAAAUGGCGUUUCUCUCGUCAGAGGUCAAUCGGUAUCGGACGUACGACGCCCUUCUCCGGAAACGGUCGAGCACUUCGGAAGCCAACGAUUCGUCCGUAGUGAGCGACGGCAGCGUCGGGGACGGUGACGGCGUCGCAAACGACGUCACACGAACCGACUACAUGUACGAAACCUCGGUAUUCGUAGACAAGGCGCAGCUGUGAAGAAGAAGAAUUGGUAGGCGGAAAAAAAAAGGAAACGAAUCCUCCGUUUUUCUCUUCUCGGCGAUAGAAGACUCAGUAUUUGUCUCGAGUGUGUUAUUCGCGUGUUGGACAAAUGUUUCGUUCGGGGUAAUGAUUUUUCGGGGUUUCUGCUUUCGGUUACUGCCUCUUGUCAAUUCUUUUGGGGGAGCGGGGGCGUUGAGAAAGUUUAGGCCUAGUUUUUGGUCAGGGCUUUUUUUUUUUUUUUGCAUGAAGAAUUUUUUUGAGGCAGUGAUUGAAAGAAGAACCCAGGGUUUUUUGUUGUUUCUCGACGCGGUUCUUCCGACGGAUCGAAAGGGGCCUUGUUCUCCAUAUUUUAUCUCAUUUUCCUGCGUGCCUGAAGAGAAAAAUUCUCGGAAAGUCGGUGUUGUCGUGAUUGGUACAAUUGUUCCAUUGAGGUUAUAAUUUUUUUUUUGUGGUCUGUGUGAUCCUUCCGUUGGAAGAGAGAAUCUAAAGACGAAUGAUAACAGAACAAUGAGGGAACAAAGUGGAAAAAGCAGCAAUGUUGCAGUAUUGGUCAAUUUUUGGAAUUGUUGAGCAGGCGGG